UCUACAAUAGAUAACGCUCAUUGAAGAACCAACACUUUUUUAGUGAACAUAGGCGGUGACAGAUUAACUAUAUGUAAAAUGGCAGACAAAUUCGCAACGAGUAUUUUGAAAUUAAUAGCAUUUAGAGGAAAAACAGAUGGCAUGAAUAAACUAGUAAUUCCCACCGGAUUACUGUCCUUGACGGUGGCAAUGACUUUGUUCCGUUCUAUAACAGGAAUAUUUUGCGUGACGUCUGACUGUACUCUUCAGUACACAGCUGGUGUUUACUUCCUUAUAAGGAGCUUUGACAGCAUACUAUUUUGGGCCAUCAAUCUGAUCUUAGCAUGGAUGUAUAAGGAUGAUGAUGAUGAUGAAAAUAAGAAAGAUAAGCCACUGCAGAGGUUUCCGUUCCAGUUGUUUGUUUGUAUUAGCGUCUUGGGCAACCUUGCCGUCUUCGUAGUAUGUGCCAAGCUGGUAUUUGAAAACUUCAACGAAAUUGAGGAUAUAUGUCCGUCAACUUCUGGACGAGGAACAGCUGCAAAUAUUGUUGUAAUUUCAGAUUGUGUGUACAUCACUGUCUUUGUUUUAACAACCAUUGUGUCUGCUGCAAGAGAGUAAUCGGAAACAUGAGUAAUAUGUACUUAUAAGGGACCUUUACGCAUUUACAAACUGAAAGCUAUUUCAUUGUGAAAGGAAAAUAUGUUCUUUCAAAUGACAAUCACGCUACUUGUUCUAACGCUAGUUAAAAUGAUAUUGACAGAUUAACAAUAAAACUAAAAUGUAUGCCGAUUCUUGGUUAGCGUAGAGAGCCACAGAGAAAAUAUUAAAAGGAAUAAGGUGAACAUCAUAUGUCAUAUAUCCAGAUUUAUAUAUACCAUGUAACUGUAGUGAUUAUGUCUAUUAAAAAAAUUACAUUUGCUUGAUAACAGUAUUUAAAAAAGACUCGUUUAGUGUGUCAAGUAAUGCUUGAUAUAAUGUGGCGGCCGGUGGUCAUUUGCCAUUACAUUCAGAUAAUUCUAGAAGAACUAGAUGAAAAAAAAAGACAACGCUGCACUUUACAACAAUAAUUUAAAGUUACUGAUUUCACCAAUUAAAUCACCUAUUCUCAGAAAAUACAACAUAAAGACAGCUGCUACUGAACAAGUUAAAUUUCAUUCAGUCUCUAAGUGCCAUCGUAAUAGGUGAAUGUGCUGUCCUCACUGUAACUCGACAAUACGCUCUACUAUUUAUAAUUAAAAAAUCAAUAGUAAUAUUCGUUCAGACAUUUCCUGAAAUUCCUCUGAUGUUAUCUAUUACAUGAAAUGCCAAUAAUUGUGCAGUACAGAAGCCAGAUUUCGGGAACACUGUUACAAAAUUCAUAAUAAUAAUAAAUUUCGAAAUUUCCUAUACAAUCAUUUUCGUUAAACAGGACAUUCGGUUAAAGAUGUUUUUGUAUAAGCUGUUGGACAAUAAAAAUAUGAAGUUAACAUGACUUCUGGUUUCAAUGCUAAACUUAAAAAUGUCUUUGAACUUAAAUAGAUUCAAUUUCUACAUACAAACACCCUUCCCAUUAGGUUUAAAUGAUACAUUUAUCAAAAGGGAAAUAUCUCAAAAAAUUCCGGAAUUGAUAUAUUCUCUUUCUGUUCCGCAAAAGAACACGCAAAACUCGUUCUCACGAUGUUCGACAAAUCGGCAUAUCAAAGGUAAACUUCGCAAAAGAAUAACCGAAUAACUGUCGCUGAUUGCAAUAAGAUACAUUGUACUAAACACAUGGUAUGUUAUCAUCUUUAGCCUCAUUAACUGUUUCUUCGUUGAGACAAAUUGAUCAAGAAGCUGAUAUUAUUUAUAUACGUACACAUCCAUUUUACGAAACGCGACUUUAUUGCGUUAUAUGCAAUUAUUUAUAGACCUCGUAUUGAUUCCGAUCAUAAACGCAGCUUUUUCGGCGACGCCGUCUAAAUUCGUUUUCGUUACCUAUGCCACGUGACUUCAGUUUGCAAAUCAAAAUACUUGAUAACGCAUUAUAGAUAAUUUAUCAAAAUGGAAGAUUUAUGCAACACUCUGCCUGACUGGAAGAGAGUGUCAUAUUCUUUCACUCUGUUGAUUGUGCUACGCUGAGUGAAAUGUAGACAAAGCGUUUAUCCUAAACGACGCUGUUCACAGUUUUAAAGCUAACUUUGGCUCAGUACAUUUAGCAAGAAUAUUGAUAUAUCUCAAAAUGAUAAGUAAGUUUAAUAAAUAUGAUAAAAACCUGUUCAAAUACCAACAUAUAUCAAUUUAAAAAAGAGCUGAAUACGGCCUGCGUAUCACAUGUAUAAGGGUGUGAUAAGAGUCUUUUAUGUAAAGAAGUGCUUUUUAAAAGAUUUUCCUUGUUACAACUGUCGUCUGUAUAUGAAAAGGUUUCUUGCUUUUGUGACUUAUUCAGAUUGCAUAUUAAAAUGAGUACUUGUUUGCUUU